CACCUCCCGCCUUAUCUCUCCUCUGUCAGUCUAUCCAGAACACCUACUCCGGUAAUGAAGAACAUACAUUACAUUGGUGCCAUUCUCACUGAAUAUGAAACCCCUAUAACGUUCAACUCAUCUUCUCCGGUUGUAUCGACCCUAGACUCUGAUGUUUCAAUGCAUACCAAAUGAUUACUGACUUUCCAUUUCAGCGAUUUACUUUUUUGAUUGCUUUACUAUUAUGAUCAGUUUCGCCAAUCAGACUUUCAAUCCCGCACUCUCUAACCCUAAACCCGUUUCCGCAUCGGGUUUCUCUAGCCGGGUCUUGAGCUUCACCUCCCAAUUCGGAUCGCAGCCGCUGAAGACUCUCAAGGGAGGUAGAGAUUGCGGCUACCGGCUGUUCUGGGCGGAUCUGAGCCGUGGGGAAAUGGAGCUGGUUAGGAGAUUCAGCAGAGGGUGUUUCUUCGACCUGUCUAAGACCAGGUCGGAGGUUGAAUUAGUGUCGGUUGAAGGUGGGGAAGAUGUUUUCCACUCCUCAUCUGUAGAUUCCAAGGUCCAGCCUGAACACCUUGUGAUCAUGGUCAAUGGACUUAUUGGGAGUGCUGCGGAUUGGAGAUAUGCUGCCAAACAAUUUGUAAGAAGGCUCCCUGAGAGAGUUGUAGUUCAUUGCAGUGAAUGCAAUUAUUCACGGUUGACUUUUGAUGGUGUUGACCGAAUGGGUGAUAGAUUGGCCGAAGAGGUGGUGGAUGUUGUUAAACGCUGGCCCGGCAUGCACAAAAUUUCCUUUGUUUCUCACUCUUUAGGUGGACUUGUUGCACGAUAUGCUGUUGGGAGGUUAUUUGUGCAUCCUUCAGCUGCAGAGACAACAAAUGUAGAUGGACGAGAUAAAUAUGACGAUGGAAGUAUUGCUGGGUUAGAGCCCAUGAAUUUCAUAACUGUUGCAACUCCACAUUUGGGUUCUAGAGGACACAAACAGCUGCCUCUCCUCUGUGGUCUCCCUUUGUUGGAAAAAGGAGUAUCUCAAACCGCACACUUGCUUGUUGGGAGAUCCGGAAAGCAUCUCUUCCUCACAGAUAAUGAUGAUGGCAAACCUCCUCUUCUUCUUAGAAUGGCUAAUGACUCCAACGAUCUCAAGUUCAUAUCAGCACUACGUGCUUUUAAACGGCGUGUGGUAUAUGCAAAUGCAAACUAUGACCAUGUUGUUGGAUGGAGGACGUCAUCAAUCCGCCGCCAAAGUGAACUUCCAAAGGCCAAUAUUCUUGUCAAGGAUACAAGAUACCCACAUAUUGUACACGUGGCCCAAGAAACUGCAGAAGUCAAGCAUAUAGCAUCUUCUGCCACUGUGACAAAAACCAUUGAUUUGGAAGGCUUGUUAUUAUACCUUGCACUUCACGUUUUAUUCAUUUACAAGUAGUCCAUUUGUGCUUUUUAGAUUGGGUUAAUGUUAGAAAAAAAAUAUCAAUUACAAGACUCUGGUAGAACAGUUUAAUAGACUACUAACAGUUGAUACAUAAUACUCUUUCCGUCUCAAAAUAAACUUCUCACUUUCUUUUUUGGUUGUCCCAAAAUAAAGUUCUCAGUCGUUUUAAAGAAUGGAAUGAGUGGUCCAUAUAAUUUGUCUCUCCUCUUCAUCAAUGUCAACAUUUUAUUAAUCUCCGUGAAAGUCAAAGCGAGAACUUUAAUUUCGGACGGAGGGAGUAUCGAUAAUAAGAUAAAUUAAAAAUG